AUAGGUACAAAGUUCCGGAAUUAGUGCAAGGCUGGUGUAAGACUAUUGCAGGAUAUCAGAAUUCAUUUGGUAGUGUGCUACCUUUUUGGUUUUGGUUAAAAAGAUUUACUUCCCUUGGAUACGAUGAAGCCAGCAUCACUUCUAUGUUCGCGGAAACUGGAGAGGCUGCUGUUCGCAGCACGCCUCUCUGUAAGGCCAUUAAGGACAUCUACAUCUACGGGAAACAUGCACAGGCUGUAUGAAGGUGUAAAAGAUGAGGUACCAGCUACUAAAGGUAUUGUAACAGGUACUAUUCCUCCCUGGGUGGAUGGAGCCCUCUACAGGAAUGGCCCUGCAAUUUUCCAGAUUGGGGUUGACAAGUUUGAGCACCUGUUUGAUGGCAUGGGAGCCAUACAGAAGUAUGAGGUCAAAGAUGGAAUGGCUGUAUUCUCGCGGAAAUUUAUCAACAGCAACUCCUAUCAGAAAAACAUGGCCGCCAAUAGGAUAGUCGUCUCAGAAUUUGGAACCAUAGCUCAGUAUCCUGAUCCAUGUAAAAAUAUAUUUCAAAGAUUCUUCUCCUAUUUCAAGUUAGGGACGCCGACUGAUAACACAAGCAUCACGGUCUGGCCACUGCGGGAUAGGAUUUUUACCAGUACAGAGACACAUUUCCUACACGAGAUAGACCCAGACAACCUAGACACCAUAAGUAAGGUGGACCUAAAGCAAUAUUUAACGAUUAAUUCAGCAGUAGCACAUGUCCACUGGGAUCGUGAAGGAACCAUCCACAGUAUAGGACAUCUAUAUGAAGGUCACCCUUCUUACUGUAUCUUUAGAAUCCCUGGUGGCUCAGAUUUUAAAGAUUCCAAAGUUGUGGCCUCUGUAAAGUCGAGAUGGAAGAUGAACCCUGGCUACUAUCACAGUUUUGCUGUCACUGAAAACUACUAUGUGUUUUUGGAACAACCUUUAGUGGCUAAUGUCUUCAAGAUUCUCACUUCCCGGAUCCGUGGGAAGAGAUUACCAGACUGCCUUGAUUAUUGGCCAAAUGAGAAGGUAAUCUUCCACAUAAUUGACAAGGCCACAGGAGAGCAGGUUAACAAAUCGUUUGUUUACCAGUCGGAUGCCUUUUUCACAUUUCACCAUGUAAACGCCUAUGAAGAUGGAGGGUCAUUGGUUCUGGACAUGUGUACAUACACUGAUGCCCAAGUAAUCAACAAGGUGUAUAUGAAGGAUUUCAACGAGGAAAACAUUGAUGAUACACUGAGGGAUUUACCCAUGGCUAUGCUGAGUCGCUUUGUCCUACCACUUAAUGUUACAGAACAAACCCCAUGUAACAAGAACUUGAUCGAGAUGUCUGGGUGUGAUGCGACAGCUGUCAAGACAACAGACACCACAGUAGACUGUACACCAGACACUAUAUAUGAUAAAGGAUUUGAACUCCCGACUGUGAACUACGAUCUCUACAACGGAAGAAAAUAUCGUUACAGCUACGGAUUCAGCAUACAAAGUGGAAAAGUCAUUGCAUUGGUGAAGGUUGACAUUGUCAAUAAAACCUCUCUCCAGUGGGACAGUCCAGGAUGCAUGCCAACAGAGCCUAUCUUUGUAGCAGAUCCGAAUGGAACUGAGGAAGAUGACGGUGUUGUAUUGUCAGCAGUGUGUACUACGUCAGAGGACCAGGAUCCUUUCCUGUUGGUUCUGGAUGGGAAAACCUUUACAGAGGUGGCCAGAGCACGAUUCCCUGGUGUCCAAAUUAACAGAGAUCUUCAUGGAUUUUUCAGAAAGGCUGUAGAUUGUCGGAUGUAGGGGUUUGUGUGAAAAUAUCAUAAAUGGGUGUAAAAUCAAUCGCAAAAGAGUGACCACUUUAAUGAUUGCUGUAACUAUUAGGAAUCAAUACUAAUCAUAUUUACAACUUUGAUUGACCAAGUAUUACUUACUUGGUUUGAUAAGUACCAUUUACAAGGCUAACACUAUAUCACUAACAAGGUGUGGCCCUGAGUCAACAUUAAAAGGCUUUGUACUGAGUCAACAUUAAAAGGCUUUGUACUGAGUCAACAUUAAAAGGCUUUGUACAGAGUCAACAUUAAAGGUCUAUGUACUGAGUCAACAUUAAAAGGCUUUGUACUGAGUCAACAUUAAAAGGCUUUGUACUGAGUCAACAUUAAAAGGCUUUGUACUGAGUCAACAUUAAUGGUCUUUGUAAUGCGUCAUCAUUACAAAGGCUUGGAACUGAGCCGUCAUUAAAAAGGCUUUGCACGAGUCAAAUCCAAUUUUGGCUAAAAACAUACUUUCAAGGGCCUACUGAAAGCCCUGCUGACCAUAAGUCAAUAAUCUACUUAUGUCAGAUAUUUUCACUGUAACGUUUAAUUUUCUGAUACAGAAAACCAGAGUUUCUAGUCCGAUGCCAUGAUGCCAUUGGUUGUGCCAUUAUGAAAAGUUCCUUUUAAGUAUUUACAACACUUUAUAUAUGUAUAGAAAACAUUUUUUAUGUAUAGUUUAUAUAUAUUACAUGUA